AUGGCUGAUAACAAGACAACUGAGUUUAGCCAUCUUCCNCUGGCUACUAACAAAGCUAUGGAAUGCGCUCUGACACUGCUGUCGUGCGCCUACCUGAACAAAGGCAGUGCCUUUACCGAAGAGGAGCGUGAUGACUUCGAUCUCAUCGGUCUGCUACCAUCCAAUGUUCAAACUCUCGAUGAGCAAGUCAAGAGAGCAUAUUCUCAGUUCAAGUCGAGAUCAGACAAUCUCGCAAAGAAUACCUUCAUGACCAGUCUGAAGGAGCAGAACGAAGUACUCUACUACAAACUGAUCCAAGAUCACCUCAAGGAGAUGUUCCCUAUCAUCUAUACACCUACAGAGGGUGAAGCUAUCAGCAACUACUCGACCCUCUUCCGUCGCCCUGAAGGUUGCUUCCUCAAUGUCAACGAACCGGAGAAGGUUGAGCAAAGUAUGUCACAGUGGGGUGGUCCUGACGACAUCGAUCUUAUCGUUGUCAGUGAUGGCGAGCAGAUUCUGGGCAUUGGCGACCAGGGAGUAGGAGGUAUCCUGAUCUCCGUCGCAAAACUGGCUAUCUACACUCUCUGUGCUGGAAUCCACCCUCACCGCACGCUUCCCGUAGUGCUGGAUGCUGGCACCAACAACAAGGACUUCCUCAAGGACGAUCUGUAUCUCGGUCUUCGUCAGGAGAGAGUGAGGGGAGAGAAGUAUGACAAGCUUGUCGACACCUUUGUUAAGACAGCAAGGAAGCAAUACCCUAACGCGUACAUCCACUUUGAAGACUUCGGCCUACCCAACGCUCGUCGCAUCUUGGACGAGUACACCCCUAAAAUUGCUUGCUUCAACGACGACGUCCAAGGCACUGGAUGUGUUACCUUGGCUGCAAUCUACGCUGCCCUCAAGGUCGCAAAACUUGAGAUGAAGGACAUCCGUGUCUUGAUAUCUGGNUGUGUUGACAAACCUGGUCUACUCUUGCAAUCAAUGAAGGACGAUUUGACGCCAGCCCAGCAUCCGUACGCUCGCGAUGAUGAGGAAUGGAAAGGUAAAAAGCACGACGACUUGCUCGAGAUCGUGCGCGAAGUCAAGCCUCACAUCCUGAUCGGUACAUCCACCAAGCCCAAGGCUUUCACGGAGGAGGUGAUCAAGGAGAUGGCCAAGCACACUGACCGCCCUAUCAUCUUCCCUCUGUCAAACCCUACCAAGCUGCACGAAGCGGACCCCAACGAUCUUUUCAAGUGGACAGAAGGCAAGGCCCUCAUGGCAACCGGAUCACCUUUCGAUCCAGUCGAGUACAAUGGCACGAAGUACGUUGUCGCAGAAUGCAACAACAGCACGACAUUCCCCGGCAUUGGACUGGGAGCCAUCUUGUCCAGAACCAAGCUCAUGUCGCCACCUUUGUUGGUCGCAGCAACCAAGGCGCUCGCAGCUCAAGCACCAGCGCUCAAGGACCCCAAUGAUGGACUGUUGCCAGAUGUGACCAAUGUUCGCGAGAUCAGUGUCAAGAUUGCAGCAGCAGUGAUCAAGAAGGCAAGGGAGGAGAAGCUGACCCAACAAGAAGGUAUUCCUGAGAAGGACGAGGAGCUAGAGCAGUGGAUCAGGGCUCAGAUGUGGGAUGCCGAGUACAGACCUUUGAAAAGGAUUGAACACCAACAAGCGACACGUCACGCAAAGGGCGAGGCUGGCACCAAGGGAAAGACAUCGAAGAAGUCGAACUAG